AUGGCCAGCGCUGGGCGUCUACUGCUGCCACUGCUCUGCCUGCUGCCCGUGGCCCCGGUGCUGACAAUCAAGAAGUACCAGCAGCUGUCCCAUAAGAGCAUUGGAGAGCCCUGUGAGAUGCACAGUGAGUGCCAGAGCGACUGCUGUGUCACCAACAGCCUGAGCCCUCAGAAGUUCUGCACCGCCCAGACCGUAUUCCAACAGUGCCUGUCCUGGAAGAAGCCAAAUGGGUACAUCUGCAAGGACCACUUGGAAUGCCAGAGCAGAUGCUGUGCCAUCAGUAACUACGGGGUGGACAUGUACUGCAAAGCCAAGACCAUCUUCCUGCAGUGCUUGCCCUGGCGCAAGCCCAACUGGGACUACUGCUACUACCACACAGAGUGUCACAGCAAGUGCUGCAUCCGGCUGAACGAGCUCAGCCCCAGCCGCUGCGUCCCCCAGAGCGGCAUCCUGCUCCAAUGCCUGCCCUGGGGAUUUCUCAGGAUCCGCCCCAGAGCCUCGCGGAGUCCCCUACUCCCCGUACUCAGACACCCGGUUCUCAGCGGUAUCCCGGCCAUGCUAGUUCCAGCCCCUCCUUGUCUCCUCGGGCGUCGGGACCUCCCGGGGAUCCGGACAUUUUGCCUGUUUAUCUCUCUGAUGCACCCACAGCAGCCGCUGUCUGCGCUUCGCUAG